CCGCUGGGUGCUCAUCAUCAAUACCAUGCGAUUCCUCCUUGUAUUGUUGGCCCUGCCCUCGGUGCUUGCCAGAACAUGCAUAAUCCCCGCCAACGAGAAUGGGUCCGAUGACGCUCCGGCUAUCAUGAAGGCGUUCAAUAGAUGUAGGAAAGACUCUACGAUAAUCUUCCAAAACACAACAUACAACAUCGGGACUGUGAUGAACCUGAAGAACCUGGAUAACGUCCGCAUCGACAUCCAGGGCCGCUUGGAAUGGAGCACGGAUAUCGACUACUGGCUCGAAAACUCACUACCCAUUGGCCCCGGGAAGACCCAGAACAGCUACCCCCCAGCCGCGUACCAGAAUCAGACGACGGCUUUGAUCCUGGGCGGCAGGAACCUUGAGGUUGACGGCCAUGGCUAUGGGACCUUUGAUGGCAACGGUCAAGCGUGGUACGACUUCGUCGAUGGCGAGUCAAACUAUCCUAAUCGGCCCCAUAUGCUUGUUAUCACGGCAGAAGACUCAUACUUUCAUGGCAUUCGUUUUGUCCAGCCUCAGAUGUGGACCGUAACAAUCGUCGGCUCUAAGAACGUCGUACUCGAGGACAUCUACGUCAAAGCCAAAAGCAGCAAUUCCAAGCCAGCGCGCAACACCGACGGAGCCAACACUCUCUUUUCCGACAAAGUUACCUUUCGGCGCUGGGAUAUCGAGAACGGUGACGACAGUAUCGCUGCCAAGGCAAACUCGACAAACAUCCUCAUCGAGGACUGCAUCUUUCGCGACGGCCAGGGUGUCGCCAUCGGCAGUAUAGGCCAAUAUGCGGACCGUUUUGAAAUUGUCGAGAAUGUAGUGGUGCGGAAUAUCACGCAGUAUGGCUCUAACUAUGUAGCCCGGAUCAAGACCUGGACUGGGGAGCAGAAUGAGUGGCCGCCUAAUGGAGGAGGUGGUGGGAUUGGUUAUGCCCGAAACAUAACCUACAAAGACAUCACGAUUGGGGAUGGCAAAAAGACGCCCCUUGUUAUCAACCAGUGCUACACAAAUGUUAGCAAGGCCAACUGCAGCACCUCGACUUUUGACAUUUCCAACGUGCACUUUUCCAACCUUAAGGGCACGAUCCGCUCAAGUCGCAAGGCGGACUUCCAAUGCAGUAGAUCACAAGGUGGGUGUGAUGGUAUCACGAUGGAUGACGUGGAGCUCUUUAGUAACCUGGGAGAAGAGCUUGAGGAGGCAGUGGGUGUCAAGUGCAGCAAUGUUAAUGACCCAGAGGGCUUUGAGUGUGACUGAAACAGGGCAAUCUUGUGUGAUAGAGCUGCAGUUGUCGCGCUUAAUCAUGAUUAAGAGAUUAUUGAAUCCUAACAGGUACAAGUAGGACAAGCAGAG